AACCAACCACCAUUAGCAUGGCCUUCCCAGCCUAAGACAGAUCUUGUCUCCUGGAGAAGAAAAGGACAAGACUUCAGUGCACUGCUGGAUUAUACGGACAAAGGAAACCUGGAAGCCCUGAGAAUGGCAGAGCCCCAUGGUGUGAACCGCAAUGUGAGAGAGGGUCAGUCGGAAGUAGGAUUGAGGACAGAAAGCACAAUGAGGAGAGCAGUUUUAGAAGAUAGCUGGAAAAUAUCAGGCGAUCCCAAGUGGCAGAGCGCAAAUUUUGAAAGCUGGAACCAGCCUCGGAGAUUGGGGAGGCAGAUGUCCGAUGGGGAUGGUGAGAAGCUGCUUCAAGAUCUUUACCCGUUGACCAAAGGAGAUAGUACAUUGAAUUCCCAGAACAAGGGAAAGUCCCAGUCAUUGCCUAGAGUCCUUUCCCCUGAAACUCUAAGAUGUGUGGAAAUGCCCAUUGGGAUCAAUGAUUACCAUUUGCCAGGAGAUCCUAAAACGCUAUUUUAUCCUACAAAUAGCCCAUCAAACUUGGAGUACCUAAGAUACCCGGAAAAGGGUGACCCCUACAUUCCUUUACAAAAGCCCAAGUAUGGGAGACCCCUAAAACCUCCCUCUUAUGAACUGCACCGACAAACUCGGGGUGGAGUGGAAACCAGCAGGUAUCAGGAAAACUACCAGAAAGACUCUGUUCCUUUUCUGCCCAAAACUAAUGAGCCCAGACAGGAUCUUUAUAACCUAGAUCCGAAUUUGGAGCCUCCCAUGUAUGUCCCACCACCAUCUUACAGGUCACCACCCCACCAGAACACAAAUCCACAUUUCCUAAAUGAAGUGCCUCAUUUCCAAUGUGGUGGCCACAUGCAGCAGCAGCAGCAGCAGCAGCCGCCGCCACCGCCACCACCACCACCGCAGCAGCCCCCACCCCCACCACCGCCACCGCAGCAGCCGCCGCUGCCACCAGAGAAGCCCGUUGCUGGUCAUUACUCUUCAGCCAGCUCCUACAGGUCUGGGAAUCAAUAUGGUGCAAGCAUGUGUCCCCCUCAGGGGCUUCCUGGACCCGUCCAACACACAGAUGCUUGUGAUACCUCGGUUCAGUAUAUUCCCUUCAGUGACCCACGGAUCCGACACAUACAAGUAACCCAUCAUCAGGACCUCAGCAAGGAUGCCAAACUCCUUGAAAUACUAUGUAAUACAGGCUCCUCUGUUUGCCAAGGACCAGCUCGGGUUCAAGAACAAGAUGGUGGUGCCUUUUUUCAUCCAGAAAGCCUAGUCCCUUCAACCAAAAGUAAGCAUGAUCCUGCUACUUGUGCAUCUAGCCUUGGGUGGCUCCAGACAGCGCCCCCCCCAGACAGAGAAAUCUGUGCCUUGCCUGACCAAAGAGACAAUUGUGUUUUAAGUGAACAGCAGCCUGACAAGGAAAGCAGCCGUCAGCAGGGUGCUCAAGGAAGAAUUUCUUCCCAAACUCCACAGUGGGAGAAUACCUGUGAAACCGUAACUAAGCUCAAAACAUUUCAAACUGGGAUUUCAACCAAGAAAAGUUCAAAGAAAAAAGUGAACGAGACUGUAUUUUGCUUGGUUUCUGUCCCAGUUAAAUCCGGGCCACAUCUGCCAGAUACAGAUAGGAAUAACAAUGACUUAAAACCGAGGGCUGAUAAAAAGAAUGGCGAUGAUAAGAGUGGGGCUUUGCAAGAACAAAGUCUUUUAAGCAUGUCUUCCACUGACCUGGAGCUUCAAGCACUUACAGGAAGCAUGGCCAGUAAAACAGAGUUACAAAAACAAGGACCGGGAGGGCCCCAAAUGUACAAACAAACAAAUGACCUCAGAUUCAUUCACCCUAUGAAACACAGAGAACUCAGAUAUUCUGGCUCUUGGCCAGGUGACCAGUACAGAGACCAGCAAACACAGACCACGAUCACCCAAGACUCCCAGAUCGCAGAGUUUCUUCCUGCUAAAAAGAUGGAAGACCAACCUGAUGCACUGCCCAUUCCUAAAUCAUCAGAACCCAUUCUGAAAUUAUCAGACCCCACUCCAAAAGUAGCAGAACCUUCUGCCUUGGAAACACUGAAGCCAACAGUAUCACUUCCCAGUGACUGGAAACUGAGGCCAGAUACUUGUAAUCUGAAAGGUCAGAUGUAUUUCAGUCCAUCCAGCAAUAGUGCAUUCUCAAGGACUUCCUCAUCCACGAUUCAGGGCCCUACAUCAAAAGCAAGCCAAAGCCAGCCUUAUAGACCCUCUGCCGACAUAAUCGAGAGGGACACCAAGCCAGUGUCCAAGGGUCAAGUCGUGAAGGGCGAGUCAAGUGUCCCAUGCAACAGUAAGGAACUCUUUGGUCAGUUUCUUUUAAAACCAGUUAGCCGUCGCCCUUGGGAUGUAAUAAGCCAGUUAGAAAGUUUUAACAAGGAGCUUCAAGAAGAGGAAGAAAGCAGCAGCAACAGUAGUAUUGAUGGAGAGAUUACAGAAAGAGAACAGCAGAUGCAGGAGGAUGCUGAUGCUGAUGCUGAUGCCGAUGCCAAUGUCGAUGUCGAUGUCGAUGUCGAUGUUGAUGUUGAUGCUGGGCUAACAGACCAUAAACCUGAUGAACCCAGCCAGGAAAUGAGAGUUGAGCUACAGCCAAGAACAUUGGUACCGGAGAUUCCUGUAUUUAAAUCAGCAAGAGUUAAGAGUGAGUCAGAGAACUGGAGUGUAGAGCCAAUAUCUGAUUUCACGUGUGACUAUUCUCAACCAGGGAUACUGUUACAGGGAAGAGAUAGCAAAGAUGCAUCUGGGAAGCCCACAGAUGAAAGUGUCAGUACAGAAACAAGAAACCAGGAAAUGGAGAACAGAAGAAACCAACUGACUGUCAGCCCAGGCCAAGUGAAGAGAAUGAUGUCAAGUAGUUUCAUGAAGACACAUCCAAAUGCCUCGAGCUACCUAAUGGACAUGAAAGAGCCCCAAGAAAAUAGACAAUACAGCAAUGGAAUAGAUUCUGUAACACUAAGCCAAAGGAUUUAUCCCAUGGGUGAUGGAGCUCAAGAGAGGGAGUCACUAGUACACAUUUCUUUAGGGAACAAAAGCCAAGGUUUAUUUGAGCCAGAGGAAAGGCUAGAUAUGGGUCCAGAGCAUUGUACCAACAAGUUAGAUGAUGUUUCAGAAAAACUAGGUGCAAUAGAAAUCCCUCCUAAUGAGCCCCUUCAAACUAGGGCUGCACGGAUUCUGGGCAUAGAAGUAGCAGUGGAGUCUCUCAUCUCUACUGACGUAGGGAUGAGGCCAAACCUUUCUCCCAGACCUGAUGAAAGUGCCCUCAAGGCUGAUUUGCCAGCAACAGAGGCAUCAUACAAUUUGAUACACUCCAAUGACUCUGAAUCCACAUCAUCAAAAAGUGCUUUUGAUAGCAGGAGAAAGUGUGGCUGGACUGAAAGCCCUCUCUUUGUAGGGGAGAGAGACAUACAUUUGAAGAUACAUAGAAUUUCCCAAGAUUCUGAAAUGAUCCCAGAUGUGGAUGGAGAGGACAUCACUAAUGCUUUGGUCCCUGAAUCUGAGCCCAAUUCACCUUCUAUGCUCCAUGAUCAAAAGGACAUUAAGGCAACACAAUACUACAAGUCAACUUUGUUUCAUUAUCUAGAAAGGGCCUCCCCUGGAUUAGGCUCAGAGAAGAAAUUCAGAAACACCUCCAAGGUGAUUGAAACCAUUCAAGAAAAGUUAGUCAGCCCCCCAACCAAAAUGGCUGUGGACAGGUUAAUGCGAAUGAAGGAGGUUGACUCCAUCUCUCGAAUUAGACGGCUCAGUACCAAGAGCACUGAUUCUGUGGAGGAGGCAGAAGAAGAGAAAAAUCAGAGAAGGCUGGAAGGACAGUCAAGGGGCUUUGGCACUUACAAUGGCAGUGAGCCGGGGCACAAAAUAGAGAAUGCUGGAACUGUGUCAAAGAAAAUCACAUCCCUAGAAAAAAAUGGGCAUCUGAUAGAACACAGUGAAAUGAAGACUACAGAUCAAGAGUUUUUUUGCCUAGAUACAUAUGAUCCUAGCCGAGUUGAAAGAGUCUGAUAUAAAUGCCUGUGCAAAUCUUGAACAUCCCAGCCUGCUAAUUAAGUAUUCUCUGAUUUGGGGUUGAUCUGCCUGCCUGCCUGCCUGCCCUAGGCAUUUGCUUAGAAAUCAUCAUUAGUUUUUGGUGUAUUGAUAAAGCCUUUCCCACUGCCGAUAGAAGUUAAUCAAUAAUUCCUCCAGAGCUUUUUUUUUUAUGAAAUUAAUGAAAAUCUUGGACU